AUGCACGCCCAGUACAGAAGCAACCGCGACACACUCCUCCGGGCGUGCCUGACCCGUGAGCUGGACGGCUGUUUUGUCGACGCCUACGCUUGUCUGAAAUCCCGCGUGCGCGUGAUGCGCCCUGUCCGCACCGACGAGAAGAUCACCGACUUCCUCACCGGCUACCGCACGUGGAUAGAGGGGCCCUCUCCACCUCCGAACCUGAGUUUUCUUGACCCUAGCUCUUGUCGGUGGGUGGCCGCCUUCCAGGUAUCUGUGAUCGGGCCACUCUGUCGCCGGUAUGCCGAGUGGGCCCUUGCGAACCUGGCGCGCACAAGAGGAACAUCUCUAGAUAGCCACGGAGCCGCAAAAAAGGGAGCUGAAUCUGAAGCAGCGCCAGCCCCACAGCCCACCUUGAGCAGGAGCGAGGAAAUACGAAUUUUCCGUGCUCUCUACCGAUACGAGACCUUCUGCCACCUGUUCGGACGAAAUAGGUGCGACCGCUAUGGUGGAUUCCGGGAAGAACAAAUCAAUGAAAGUGUUCUUAUGCCUGUUCGAUCCAUGGGAAAGCCGAAGCUAUCGACUGUAUCAGUCUCUUCAUGCGCGACAAAAGGGGGUAUAAGCAGGUAUUCUGACACGGACGAUGGCAGAUUACAUGGAUGGUACCACCUCUCGCGGCCUCGAGGUGCUAGCCAGGCUUUUGGCAGUCAAGGACCACGAAACUCUCGUCGACAAAGUUGGGGUUGCAUCACGGGCCACCAUAAUGUUGACGCCCCUCUGAGGAAGGUUUUUUGGAAUGUGACACAAAACGGUCGACGUGACGACUCGACGGCGGUCAAUGCCCGGGACGACGCCCAACAAAGGAGGGACCCGAUGGAAUUUGGAGGUGAUAUCCUGCCUCCGGAUGGGCCCCCUUUGGCGUGGGUGCUCUUAUGGGGCGGAAUCUACGCCAACCUAUACGGGGAAUACACACCCAGCUGGCUCAAGGAUUGGGGCUACGUCAUGUGGGACGAGCGUCGGUUGGUAGAGUUGGGGGUGACGGACCUUGUGUCGAGACAGUGGGAGACAGAGCCAGAAGCGAUCAGCCUUAUUGAAGAGUACUACGCGUGGCGCCCCGCGGGGUAUUAG